CGAUAGACUUAGCAAGGUUUUGCCGUCAAUCAUUUCUCAAUCUCAAAAUGGGUUCAUCAAGGAUCGCCAGAUUACAGAUAAUAUUAUGAUCAGCCAUGAGGUCACUCACCAUAUUAAAACCCUUUACUCAGGUUCAAAGUGUUGGAUGGACUUAAAAUUAGAUAUGGAGAAAGCUUAUGAUCGUAUUGAGUGGUCAUUUCUCUUUGAAAUGAUGAAGGAAUUAGGGUUCAAUAGUCAGUUUGUAUCCUGGGUCCAGGAGUGUGUGACCACUGUCUCCUAUUCCAUCCUCGUUAAUGGUUCCCCUUCAGAGUACUUCAGACCCUUGGGAGGACUACGCCAAGGCGAUCCUCUAUCUUCUCUGUUAUUCGCUAUAUGCAUAGAGGGUUUCUCUGCUAUGAUAAAUCAGGCAGUAACCAUGGGCUUCUUGGAAGGAGUCAGGAUCCGUCAGAACUGUCCAAUGAUCUCUCACCUCUUCUUUGCUGAUGACUCUUACCUUUUCGUACAAGCUUCUCGCGCCUCUUGCUCGAAUCUAUUAUUCAGUAGAAAUACUAAGAGUGAAGAUGCAAGCCUCAUGGGAUCGCAGUUGGGAGCAGGGGCUAUAGGAGAACAUGAUUCUUAUCUAGGCCUUCCAUCUCUAAUACCAAGAACCAAGAAGGAUACGUUCCUCUAUAUUGAGGAAAAGAUGGGCAAGAAAUUGCGAGGUUGGAAACAAUGUACCCUGUCAAGAGCAGCUAAGGAUACUCUAAUCAUGACCUCUGCAACUAAUAUACCAGUUCAUAGUAUGUCAUGCUUUAAAUUCUCAGUUGAUACUUGUAGACGUUUAAAUGGCCUUUUGGCAAGGUUUUGGUGGGGUCUGCUACUAAUUUUGAUCAUCCAAUACACUAGGUAUCAUGGAAAGGUCUCGCCCAAAGUAAAUUUCAUGGAGGAAUAGGCUUUAGGGAUUUUAGGGCCUUCAAUCAAGCUCUUUUAGCCAAGCUAUGUUGGCGUAUUUGGACAAAUACCGACUCGCUCAUUAGCCAAUUGUAUAAAGGAAGAUAUUUCAAUGGAAAUACGAUUUUGAAAGCCUCCAUUGGCUCUAAUCCAUCUUGGGGUUGGAGAAGUAUUCUCUAUGGGCGAGAGCUCCUCUUGCAAGGAUUACGAUGGCAAGUAGGCGAUGGAAACGACAUAGAAGCCUUCAAAGACAAUUGGUUAUUAGCUGAUAAACCACGCCCUCCUGAUAAACCGUUAAUUGCACAUGUUUUUACCCCUAUUCUUGAGCCGUUUGAGAUGUUGAUUCUCGUGUUUUCGGCCGAUUUCACGCUAGGUUGUGCUUGUUUGUGAUAUUUCAGGUCCUAGUACGUGAAUGAAGGUUUGGGAGCGAGUUCGGGGUCGAUUGGACGAAGAUCGGACGUGUGGCGAGUCGCUGAGGAAGCCACACGGGCACCCAUAAAAUCCACACGGCCGUGUGAGGAACCAAUGUGGCCGUGUGGGAUUGUACGAGCCUUCACACGGGCAGUCUGGGCAUGCCACACGGCAGUGUGUAUCUGGCCGUGUAGGUAGCCUGAAGUCCAAUUAUUUGAAACGCCGCGUUUUGUCUCUCACACGGGCAUCUGGGUAAGUCACACGGCCGUGUGGCCUGCCCGUGUGAGUCGGGAAUUCUGGUUUUUACCCAAUGUCGAGCCACAAGUGAGGAAAUGGACUUUUCAGAGCAAAAACAGAGUUUUAGAGAGAGAAAGGGCGAAGAACAAACCCUAGGAGCUAUUUGGAGUGGAUUUCUCACCAUUGAAGCCCAGAUUGCGUCCCCAUGAGUGAAGAUUGACAUCCCAGAGCAGAUUUUCCUCAUCUUUAUGAGUAUGACUACUCUGAUUUCUGUUUUCCUCUCUCUCUCUCUAUGGAGUAGAACCCUUCUCUCACUUGGGUAUGAAGAAUCCUAGUUCCAUGUGUUAGGGAUUUGAUUGUAAUGACUUGGGAUGAUUAUACUGUCUCGUUUUAAUCGAAUGAUGCAUGUUUCAUUGAAUUGAUUAAAGUAUGAUAAGCUUUUCUUGAUUUCUGCUGCAACCUGAGAUAGAUAGAAUCUGAUUAUGUUGUUAGAGCUUCUUCAUUCGGUAGUAGGAGAUUGGCUAUACGAGAGUUAGUCAGUCUACUGCUUUGUACUGGAAUCCAAUUCCAGUAGUGGAGUUCUGUGCUUAUUGCUUCAGCUUUCAAUCCCGAGGAAGACUAGUCGUCUGCCGGGUAGUUAGACUGAGAGGGAUUGUUCAGCUUAAGAGAUUCCAAGCUACUGUCGGAUCUUCCGCAGUCUAAUCAACAGUAAAUCAACCCAGGGUAAUUACAAUUGAGACCUAACUAAGGAGCUAGGGGGACUCAUUCCCGAGUGACUCUUUUUUGCUUGAGAAAACCCAACCAAUUCCUGCUUUCUUUCUGCUUUCAGUUAAGACCAAAAAUCAAUCGACUUAGUUUGCUAGAUAAUAGAUAAUCACGGAGUAGGCAGUAGAUCUAGACCCCGGGUUGAUAUUUAGAACAUGCUACUUUACUGCAUUCCCGGACUGCGAUUACACUUGGUCGCAGUUUGGUGUUGUGUUUUGGCGUGUCAAGUUUUUGGCGCCGUUGCCGGGGAACCCUCUAGGUUAUUGGGGAAACGUGAAAAUUUGUUACUCUUGGUUUUUCUUUAUUGCAUUUUAUCUCUUCCACCUGUGUGCCUUCACGGGUUGCUUCUGCGGAUUGUGUGCAGGUAGUGCAUGACCUGUAGCCAGUCGGGAGAUCUACUACCAUUAGACCAGGAGCUUGAACGAACUUGCAGGAACUUCAAGCGUGCUCUAAAGGCACAACUGGUUGCGGAGGAGGCGCUAGCACAGCUGCAAAUCGCCGAAGAAGAAGAGAUGGGUGAUCCACAGGACCAUGAUGUGGUCCUUCCCGAGGAGCAGACCAUGGAAUACUACUGGACCGCCAGGGCCGCGGACAUGAGGUCACUCAUUCAACACCCUCAUGUAUUAGCAAACAACUUUGAGGUGAGCACCUCCGUCAUCACCAUGUUGCGCGGUUCGGUAGUGUUUCGUGGCAAAGAGGGGGAGUGCCCCCGAUCACAUCUCAGGCGAUUCCACGAGCUCAUCGAUGGAAUCAAGAUAAAUGGGGUCCCAGCAGAUGCCAUCCAGCUGAGGUACUUCCCGUUUACUCUGGAGGGGCAGGCCAAGGAGUGGCUAGACACUCGACCUCCAGGCUCCAUCACCACGUUCGCCAACCUGGCGGACAAGUUCCUCACUCGCUACCAUCCUCCGUCCAAGACGGCGGACCUGCAGAAGCAAAUUACCCAUUUUGCUCAGGAUGAAGACGAGACCAUCUGAGAUGCCUGGGAGAGAUACACCAGUCUCUUUCUCAAGUGUCCCAACCAUGGUUUUACUGAUGCCUUCAAGGUGGGCACCUUCUGCCAUGCCCUAUUCUCAAAUGACAAGCAGCUGAUUGACUCAGUCUGUGGCGGGAAUAUGCUCACCAAAACACCGCCACAGCUGAAUCAACUCUUUGAAGAGAU